ACCGUAAGUCUCGCCGACCUCCGAUGCCCAAAAAAUGGUCAUGUAACCCCGCCACAUAAACAAAAGGACCACCGCCAUCAACAGGUUUUUUCUCCUUCAUUGAACGCAGCACGGUCGCUCUAGCCUUGUCGUACGAACUAUUGCUGUGCGCCUGCUCCUUUUCCGCGACUCAGACCCCCAAGCUUCGACGUCAUCCCACGCCCGCCGCGGCAGCCUCCACGCUUAAAAAAAGAAGCCAGGCGCAUUAAAUAUGGAUAGCACACCCCAGCCCACCGAGUCGGAAAUCCACAUCCGGGAGUUCCUUUCUGCCAAUCCGGCGCUCGACAAAGAGUUGGGCGAGGUCGAAGUCAUGACGGACCGGUAUACCAAUGAGGAGUGGGCAGCGCAAAUUGCGGAGACGCAGCGCAAGGUUUUGGCCGAGGUGAGGGACAGGAGGAAAGACGGUGGCAGGGGUUGGAAGUACGAGACCCCGAGUGCAGCGAGCACGGGGCUAUCAAAGACCGUAGAUCACACGGUGUUGAAGCUGGAUGCGAAAGAGGCGCAGAUCGACGCGCUCUGUGCUGAAGCAAGAGUGGAGAACUUCAAGAGCGUCUGUGUACGCCUGCCCUGGGUCCAGAAAUGCGUCAAUAACCUCAAAGGUACGGACGUAGUCGUGGCUUGCGUUGUCGGCUUCCACGAAGGCACCCAGGACACCUACGAGAAGCUGAAGGAAGCGCGUGCUGCUGUUGCUGCUGGCGCCGCAGAACUCGACCUCGUCCUCAAUUACAGCAUCCUCACCAAGCACAACCCGCCUCCUACUUCCCCACCGCUGUCCUCGCGAGACUCAGCGACGGACACCAUCACCGCCGCCAACACAGCAGUCAAUGCACGCCCACGAGCUGGAACCGCUGCCACAGAAGGCCCCUAUUCAGUCGGCGCCGCCUCCACCGUCGGUGAGGAGGACGAGGGCGAGAUCCCCGACUAUAGCGCCAUCUACAAGGAACUAGCCUCCAUCCGCGCGCUCUGCCCCAGCCCCACCGUCAUCAAACUCAUUCUCGAGACCUCUCAGUUGACCGACCGCCAAAUCCUUGCGGCCGCCCACCUCGCUGCCUCAGCGAACCUGGACUUCAUCAAGACGUCCACGGGCUUCAACGGACCUGGCGCCACGCUUCCGCAUGUGCAGCUCAUGGUCACAGCCGCCGAGUACCUCUCCACUAAGACGAGGAGUAACGGUGGCAGCCCUGUACGCGGUGGAGGCCGCAAGAUGGAAGUCAAGGCUAGCGGCGGUGUCAGGAGCUGGGAAGAUGCGCGGAAGAUGCUGGAGGCCGGUGCCACGAGGCUGGGUACAAGCAGUGGAGUGUGGAUCAUGCAGGAGGGAAGAAAGGCUGUUGAAGCCGAGGCGGCUGGGAAGAGGCCCGGUAUGGCUACUCGGCUGUACACGGAUAACUCUUUCACCGAUGGCGAUGGGUACUAGAUUUGGUUGACUUGCAUGGAGGGGAGUUCUAUGAUUUGCAUUGGGAGGGCCUGGAGAUCGCGAGAUACCAUUAUUUUUGGCGUGUAGAGGGCACUUCGGAGAUACAUGUGAUCAAUCACCAAAAUGUUAGUCUUGACUCGCGCAACCAAUACAGCAUCCUGGGACUCGGUGGGCCAACCAGCUGUGUGGCCGUCCGUUC